UAUGCGACAGCCUGUAAAAAGAAAUGAUAUUGUGAGUUGGCUGUCGCAAUACUGAUAUUCGUGUAUAAUGCAUAAGAGGGUGUUUUGACAUUUCUAUCAGAAUCAGUGCAGAUUGAUAAAUCGACGAUAAAUAUUGAAUUGUUUGUGUCCCUUUAAUAUCAGGUCAUGAGAAGCAGUUACUAUUGUCACUGACAAAAAAUUCCCAUAAUAUACAUUUCAUUUGUUAAGACGCAUUAAUUGAACGUAUCAAGAUAACAAAAAAAAAAAAAAAAAAAUAUGCCUAUUUUAUACAGCGUUGUGUCCCGAGGAAUCACUAUAUUGGCCUAUCAUGCCACAUGUGCCGGUAAUUUUGAAGAAGUUACGGAGAAAAUAUUGUCACAAAUACCACCAGAAAAUAAUAAAAUGACUUAUUCUCAAGGACCUUAUCUUUUUCAUUAUAUCUGCGAGGAUUCUAUUAUUUACAUGUGCAUUACUGACGAUGACUUUCAAAGAUCCGGAGCAUUCCUGUUUCUCAAUGAAAUAAAACGUAGAUUUUUAACUGUUUAUGGAGCUGGAGCUCAAACUGCUGUGGCUUAUGCCAUGAAUACAGAAUUUGGUAGAGUUUUAGCCAAUGAAAUGAAACAUUACAGCGAAUCCAGGGACAAUGAUACUAUAUACAAAGUUCAUGGUGAACUUGAUGAAAUAAAAGAUAUUAUGGUAAAUAAUAUAGACAAUUUAGUAAUGCGUGGAGAAAGAUUAGAACUUUUGAUUAACAAGACCGAAAAUUUGACAGCUAGUUCUGUUACGUUCAGAAAGACCAGCAGGAAUUUGGCACGUUCGUUGUUUUGGAAAAACGUUAAGAUUUAUGUUAUUGUAGGAGCAAUCUUAAUAGUAAUGGUUUAUGUUGUGGUGUCAAUAGCAUGUGGCGGAUUGGGUUGGCAAAAGUGUGUUGGAAAUUAGGUGUCUGAAAUAUCUGAAAAAGCUGUGCCUAGAAUACAUUACGUCAUAUGAAAUAAAUAAACAUUGCGAGAAUUAAAAAUUAUGAUCAAGUAUGGAAGGCCUUUAUUGGGAUGAGAA